AUAUUUCAAUAAUUUUCAUUGAGAGAAAUAUAUGUGAAAGAUUUGUUAUACACUUAUAUAAAUUUAAACGGUAUACGCAUGCGAGUAUAUUAAAUGGUGGCAUUCGUGGGAAGUAACAAUGUUAACGUGCCUUUGAGUUACGUAGAAUAGCCUAACGAUGGCGAUAUAAUCGCAGCGAGGGUCGAUGUUUUUGUAACGUGCGUAUACGAGUGCCCGAAAGCCAGCCGUCGAGAUGCCGCAAAGGUUUCUGGGUAUGCGGAGGGAGCCAUAUUUUUCCAAUAUCAGUUACGCGAAAACAGCGUACGCAUAGGAUCUGCAGAAUGGAGUUUCGCUCAAUAGUUUAUGUCGAAGAAGUGUUUUACGAAAGGAAGUGAUUACGAAGUAAACGACGAGGGAUCAGUGCGAGAAAGCGAGGAAACUGUGUUAGUCAGAAUAUAAUAAGCGUACGUUUCCACGCGAUCAAGAAGUGAGGUUCGGUGAAAACGAUGAGCGCGGCCCGCGCAGGUGUUCGAGUCGAGAAGAGGGUUAGUUAACUUAACCCGAGUUCGUAACCGCGACCGGUGGUAGUGGUGGUAGUACUAGUGGUGGUGGUGGAGGCAGUGGUGGUGGUGGUGGUGGUGCUACUGCUGCUGUGACGAUGACACAGCGUCAUAACACGACGUACGUCCGUCCGUGCGAUUUAACGUGAAUUGUUACGGCAAUAUAAAGUGUUUUUUAUACCGAGAGUGUAUUCGCGCCAUUACCGAUCGAGCGAACCGUGGCUCGGUCACGAUUAACCUUUACGUAUUCAGUGUCGAAGAAAAUGGCUUUCUUAUAUAGUGUGUGAACGAAGAUUCAAAAUAGCGUAUUUUUUUUAGUGACAGUGGCUUAUAAUGACAUAAUUGAGUGCGAUUCAUUAAUCGAAAAGUGCGUCUAUGUGAAACGGAAUAAUUAGAACUGCGACCACGAAUAAAGCGACAGGACCAUGGCAAUGACACAACGACCUUAACUAUUUAUCCGACAAAAUUAAAUUUUUCUCAUUUAUAAACGUAGUACUAUUUUUCACCAAAGUUGACUUGAAUGUUGUUCGUUGAUCUGCAACAUUCGCUAAAAUUUCCUACUUUACGUUUUCCAGCGUAACCUACUAUACCGCGUAACGUGUAACAGCGUGUUCAAGAGUCUAGGUUAGUUGAAUGCUUGGCCCCAUUGUGUUGUUUGAACGCGACUGAAUCGGUAAACGAGACAAAUGAAUGAAUCGUCGCUUUGUAAAUCAACCUUGUAAAUGACAACAGACGCGUAAUUUUCUAAUAAACAAUGUUAUUAUUUACUGUACGUCAAACGGGUAUUGGGAAUGGAAAUUUUAAAAGAAUUAUUCUUUUUUUAUUUUUUUUGCUCCGAAUGUCAUAGAAUUUAUUUAAGAAUAUACGAUUUACUAUAAGCAAUUAUCCAAUUUUUAAAUGUUUUCUCAUAGAAGAAAUCUCUUAGUCCAUACGAAUAUAAAAAAAGUAAAAUAACGUUUUCAUUUUUGAAACGAAUUUAUUUUUCACGAAAAUAUAUCGAUCAAAUGGGAAAUGUUGAUCUACUAUCAACUAUGAUCUAUCAUAUUGUUUUUCUAUGAUACAUAAUAAAUCGAACAAAGAGAAUAAUGCCGAUAAUUUUACUGUGAUUUCCGAAAUAUUAAAAUUACGAACAAUCAACGAAACUAGUAUGAUGGUAGAGUGUGUACCAAUCACAAGAGAGAGGUUAGACGGGCAUUGACCGGUGAAUAGCGCGUGUCUUUCCUCCGACGGAUACUCUCUAAUUUCAAAAUCUUGGCACCGUUGUUAUAGUCUGUGAUCAUCCACCGAAGAAAGUGUUGUGUGAGCGUGUUCGCGAUUUAAAAAUUUAUCGAGGAGAAAUUAAAAAAAGAGAGGAACGAUCGGUGAACUGUCCAUCUGGUAUGCGGUGUACAGUGGAGCCAAGGAUGUCGAAUAACAAGAUCGCGUAUGGCAGGUGUGAGAUUCGAAUGAUCGAUGAGUUUACGUGGCCAAGAGGAACGACCGAUAGAAAGCGGUGGAUUUCGUUGGUGGUAGACGCGUGAUCAUUUCCGUUUAUGGGAGGAUGCGGCAGAACCUGGAGGUAUCUCCACGUAGGCGUGCUACCUGCGUCCCAGUGAUGUCCGUGUCGGGGUUACUUGCAGCGCUGCUGGACCUGGACCAUGGCCGGCAAGCCUGAGCAGCCGUCCACACACCCUGCUCUCCCGACUCACGGACAUCAGCAUCAACAUCACCACCAUAAUCAACAACAACAACAACAACAACAGCAACAAGAACAUCCUCAACACGCACAGGGGAUUCAACAAAACAGCGUUCUAGUCUACGUUUCGGGGGAGAAUUUUGCGUACGCGACGGCGGUCGGUCAGAAUGCCGCCGCCGCUGCUGCUGCUGCUACCGCAGUCGGCUAUCAGUCUCCACAGCAGGCAACGUACGCCGGCAUUCUGCCGCCGCAGGUGGCGACGGCGGCGGCGACGUUUCCCGCCAAAACCGCCAUUUACUGCAACGAUAACAACGGCACAACCGUUGGAGCCACGGUCAACAAUUGUUGCCGGUUAAAACCGCUCGAAUAUGCGUCGACCGAUGGAGAGUCGAGCCGAUCGGCGCGAUCCAUGUCCACCGGUAACACCGAAGACGAAGAAGAUUAUGGAUCGAUCGUCUCCAACAACGGUUUAUUGUACAGACAGACGACGAAUAUGGUUCAAACGACCGGCACGUCCACGACCACCACGAUGACGUGUGUAGCGGCGGCGUGCGACGGCAAAAAUCCGGAAAACCGAAAUCCAUUGGAAAACGAUUCGAGCAAUAUCGAUAACCUCGCAACGAGCAACGUGGAGCCGAUCUGUAGUAGGGUGAACGUCGGUGAAAUGCUACAAUCCAACAAAUUAUUUCCAACGAGGAUUCACGGUGACGUUUAUCCAUCAGGGGCGAGAUUGGCCGACGGUUACAACGGUAGCGGUAGCCAGGGAAUCACGCAAGGGAAUCCCGGGGAGGGUUGCGUCGGUGUUUUAAGCGACGACGCCUGUGUCGCGUACGUACGAAACGAACCGUCUCAAGCGUCCGCGAGUGUUUUUCAAGGCGACAGUGUCGAACAACGUAGCAUGAAUAUGGAGGAGAAAAGCCGGCAACAGGACGGUUUCGAUAACCAAACCGGCUCGUCGCUCUCUUCGUCCGGUUCGAAUGUCGGUGUUGUCAGUGGUGGCGGUAGUGUUGUCGUUAUCGGUAGUGGUGGUAGUGGUGCGACUAGCUGUGACUCUGUCCGAUCUGAUACCGGUGAAUCGUCGACGUAUAGCAGCCUGAGCAGUCCCGAAAGUCAAAGUCAAUCGGCACACGAUGGUUUGCCUGCCGCGUCGGUUAACGGCGGUGGUUCGUGCGCGCAGCAGGCUGCGCGUCAGCCGCCGCUUUCGCGCAUCAACAAUUCAAACAAUAACAACGUCGUUCAACAAAAUGUAGUGCUGACAAUGAACGGUAGUGCGGUGGUUACGCAGCAACAGCAGCAGCAACAAGCGAUUACUGUACCACGUGGAUGGAAAAGGAUAUGCACCAACGGGGUCAUCAUUUAUAUCAGUCCAAGCAGCACAGCGCUGGGUUCGCUGGAUCAGCUGAAGGAGUACCUGACAACAGUGGGAACCUGCAAAUGCGGUCUCGAGUGUCCGCUAAGACCCGAACAGGUCUUCAACUUCGACCCCAAGGUUGUGACACGACCUUGGAGCCCGGAUCAGGGCAAGACGCGGGAGAUGACCAAGCUGUGCAACCAUAAGAGGAAACUUUUGCUGCCAACUACAGCGGCCGCCAGUCCUGUUGCAUCCUGUACACCGGCGGUCUCCUCCUCGGCUUUAUCCGCCGGACCGGGCGCAACCGCGAUCCACGUGAACGCAGACUCGCCCACCUCGCCUGACAAAGCCAGGAAAGAUGGUCUUAACAAGAAAAAGAAAAGGAAAAUAGGGGGGAUAGGAAACAUUUUCUCCGGAGUCUCUGUCUCGCAACUUAUGGCACAACGUGAAAGAGCUAUUGUUACGGCAGCUGGGGUGCAAGGAUCGCCAGUGCCAAAUGGAUCGCAGGUAUGGCCAAUCGCGAUACCCAAUUUGCAAGUUCAACAGAGCAACCAACAAAUCUGUCAUCAGACGCUGAAUUCACCUUCGCAAACUCAAGAUAUUAACGGCUGUGCAACCAGAAAUCCUCAGCAAAGGUUAGGUCAGCAUAAUAUGUCCGGGAUGUUAAUGGGAAAUUCGCUGAUAAUGAAUCAGCAGGGCACUAAUUUCAACAACAUGAGUCAACAGCAGCAACAACUGCUGCAACAACAGCAUCAACAGCUUAUAUUACAGCAACAACAGCAACAGCAACAGCAACAACUUAUGCAACAGCACAUGUCCCAGCAGCAACAGCAACAACAGCAACCACCGCAACAGUUGAUGUCUCAUCAUCAGCAGAUGCAACACAUGCAAAUUUUACAGCAACACGAGCAGCAACAUCAAAAUACGGUUGUGAAUCAAUUAACGCAACAACAAGCUCCCCAUUAUCUCAAUCAAUUGAAUCAGCAACCGUUACACAUAAUGCAGCAACAGGAACAUUUGAAUCAACAGCAACAGCAACAACAGCAAUUGCACAUGCAACAAAUGCAAAAACACAAAAUGCAGCAGCAACAGCAGCAGCAGCAACAACAACAACAACAACAACAAUCGCACCUGACUCAAGAAGUUGACCAAUCGGGCAAUUAUCCUCAACAUUCGUCGGAGAAUUACGCGCAUCACAUGCAAUCCUCGCAAGUGACGGGUCAGGCUAGUCUUCAUCCGCAGUUGCACCAAAUUCAUCAACAUCAAUUGCAGCAGCAAACGCAGCAGCAUCAACCUAAUCAACAUGUGAUGCAGGCAUCGGCGGAUCAUUUUCAAAUGCAGAUACAACAGUUACAACAACAGCAACAGCAUCAGCAUCAACAAGUACCUCAGGUGUGCGUGCAACCUCAGUAUCCUAAUCAACAGUUGAAUCACCAUUCGUUGGAUGUGAUGCAACAACAAACUUCUGGUUCUGUAAUGAAUACCGCUGACAUGCAGAAUAGAUUGAAUCGUACGCCUUCCGUGACGGAUGAGGAAAUGAACGCGAAACAGAUGCAACAACAACAGCAACAGCAGCAGCAACAACAGCAACAACAGCAGCAGCAACAACAACUUUUGUUGCACAAUCACGCGGUACAACGGCACCAUGUCGUACAAAAUGGAAACUUGUCGAAUAAUUCGCACGAAAAUAUGCAACGAAUGUAUACUCAGAAUCAAGUUCAAUAUCCUGUGAGAAAUUUCGACGGUUCGAAAGGGACUGUCGUAGAUGUGAAACAUCAGCAACAAUACGCUUUAUCGAACGUAGCGGGAAGGAGCCCGAAUACCAAUCACGGUGUCGAGGCACAGUCUGGAAUGGGACCAAACCCGGGCCAACCCGGUAACGUGCAUUUCAACUCGAGGACACCACCUUGGCAGCAAAAUCGGUCAGCUUCGGCCUCUCAUCAACCUUCUCUCGUCACGGUCCAGAACAUCACGUGCAACUCGUUCGAUCGUGUCCCACCCCUGCAUCAUCACAUUCCACAAGCGUCCACUUGGACCGACGAAGUGGCGCGAAAGAAGGCCAAGUCUGGCAAGAUAAUCGUGAAGAAACAACGACAGCACAGCGUGACGGACGUUCGAAGUAACAGUCUCGAUCAAUCGGCUUCGAGUCCGAUCGACGAGUUCAACGAGAAAAAUCAACAGCAGAACAACAAUCAAAUAGGAUCGACCGUUAACAGCAGCGGUCCCUCGUUCCUCGAAGAUCCGAGCGGUUACCUGGCACAGCAGACCGCGUUGUUGAACAGCACGAUAUCGAGGCAAACCGGUGUCAGUAGUUCCCAAGUGGGAAUCACUAAUAAUUCGAAACCACCGCAAACGAGUCACGGAUCGCAUUUGCCCAACAACAGUUAUCUUCCACAACCAAAGCCUUCCUCCGGCGCUAGCCCUACCAGCACGUCGACCUUCAAUUCGGUGAAGAAUCACGCCACCUCGCCUGUGGUCGUGCACAGUAGCAUGACGCCGACUUCGAGCGGUGGUGGUGGAACAGAUUCGGAGAGUAGCCCUUGCCAAGGUUGCGUUACCAGUGCCGAUACUCAAUCCUACGUUCAGGAUCAAUACAAACAACAAAUGCAACGCCAGUACCUGAUGCAUUCAGAUCAACGGGAGGAUCCUGUCACGUCGUCAACGUUCGGUGAACAGUAUCAGAACAAUCAACAGCAAGCCGACUCGAGGCCGAUCCAAGGUGGUACCGUGAGCACCAGCCAUGGCUCGCCUAUCGGCACCAACAGUCCAGCGAAUUCGGACACGCCAGCUUCGUCGACACCCGGUAUAUCGCAGCCGGCCACGCCUCAAAGUCUCAUUUCGUCUCAACCGUCGACGCCCCAUAGUUACUCGCAACCGCCUACACCUCAUUCGCAUUCUACUUCCUCUGGUCAGGUGCCAUCUCAACCGUUAACGCCCCAGGCUCAACAACCCUCGCAAUCCUCGAUGAGCAGCGUUGGGCAAGAGCAACGCGCGGAAACGCCUUGCUCCGCCGCAACGAGUUCAAACGUUGUAGUUCCUUCUAGCACGCCCUCGUCGCAAACAUCAAGUUCCGCUACGGACGGUAUGUCGUCCCAGAUGGCGAAGAGGCAGACAACCAGGCAGUCGUCCUUGGACGGUUAUCAGCCCCAUCCCCAUACCGUAAACGCCGUCUCGAGAGUGCCGAUCAAUCAUUUCGCGGGUACGUCGUCGGUGAUAACCACGAUGGCGAGUGGUCAUACAGUUAGCAGUAACACCAUCACCUCUGUGCUGGCUGGAAGAGCGAAUACCGCCACUGUGUCAAUAAACACGCCUUCUGGAAUACCGAAUCCAGCCAUACCCGAUAUACUUUCGAACAAACCUCAGCAUCAAGCGUCCUCGACGACCUUGACGAAUGUACCGACCACCGUCGUUCCCACGACCUCGUCCCUUCCGAAUAGUCAAGCGUCGAUAGCGAUAAGCGUCUCGAAGUCGCCGUUGGAGAUGGUUCAGAGCGUCGUGAGUAGCAUACAAGUACCUCAGGCCAGUACCAAUUCACCAGCGCAACCGCAGAAUCAACAACAACAGCAGCAACAGCAGCAGCAACAACAACAGCAACCGACUCAACAGCAUCCUCAGUCCAACGUGCAAGUUCACAACGUUCUCACGUCCGGCGGGAUACUGAAACAUCCUGCCGGAUCCACUCUACCUCCUGGACACAUACUAGUGUCGAACGGCGGCCAACUAAUAAUGGCUAGCACGGGGUCGGGAAUCAACGGUGUCAUGGCACCGCCGCCUCCGAAAAUCAUUUCCAACUCGAACUCUAUGCCACCUUUGUCGGUGUCCCCUAUGGUGACCAGCGUGACGGGAGCUGUUAGUCAAGUGAUCCCAGCUGUGGGCGUUGCGCAGCAAGUUAUCGGGCAACCAACGGUGCUCGUCAACACUAUACAAACCCCUGUCCUUAUCCAACCCGGUGUCAUGACGAUGGACAGCAUAGGCCAAAACGUUCAGAUACCGCAUCUAACGGUCGCAACCGGGAACGUGAUACAGAAUGCUCAGUCGAUCCUGGACGCGAAUCAGGACGUUGCGAGAAGCGUGAGCGCGAAUCAAGGAAUGGUGAACCGGCAACCGGCGUUACUCUCUCCCGAAUCGGCAAUGAGCAAGAAGAAGGCGUACAAGAAACGAAAGGCGAAUCCGCAAACAGUGGCCUCGAUGUUGCACAUCGCCUCGUCCCAACAGAACGCGGGCAUGCUGAUGCAAUCGCAGUCGAACUUCGCGCAGCAGAACUUCCAAACUCAGAGCAUAGGCGGGCCGAUGUUGCAAGCGUUGACCAUCGUUCCUGGAAAGGGUGGAGCCCCGGCUCAGUUGGUGAUGAACGGGCAGGCUGGCGCAACGUCGGCGCAGUUCAACGCUCAACAAAUCAUCACGAAUCCCCAACCGGCUCAGCAAAUAAAUCUUCUGCAACCGGUGAAUUUGUUGAACGGCGCUGCUGGUAUGGUGCAAAAUUUCCCCACCAUACAACAGUUCAUCGUACCUGGUAUAGGGAGUAUGGUGAUGUCCGCGGAUGGGACGGCUACCUUGCUCCAGGACACGGGAAAUAUCGGUAUGCAGCUGCAGAUCCAGAACGUGAACGGUCAGAACGUGUUGACCCCGGUUCAGAGCCACAGCGGAAUAUUCAAUCCGAGUCAGAGCAUUCUGGCAGCUGGUCCUGCUGGAAUGGUGAUUCGGGCGCCGCAAGCCACCGGAGGGAAAAUAAUUCAACAGCACAGCCCUGGCGCCCAAUUCCUCUCGCCGAACAGCGGACAAUUUUUGGUGAAUGGAACCACGUCGUUUGGGAAUCAAUUGAGCCCGAUAGUGGCGAACGUGAGCCCGAAUCAGCAAGUGACUUUCAACGCAUCGCAGGUACGACCGACAAACAUGCAGGGCCAGCAGGAAUUCAUACAGAUGAACGGGCAGACGUUGAUGGUACCUUGCGGGACCGCGCAAAAUAUCGCCGUUUCGUCGGCCCCCAAUCAACAGAACACGACGUUCGUUCAACAGAACACCACGAUCGUCCAGCAACAGACGACCAUGGUAUCUAACAAUCAGAUACCUAAUUUUCAAGCUGCGGCUUCUAACGGAACCACGGUCGAUCCUUCCUUAAAUAUCGAUCACAAUCAAUCGUACAUCUUGAGUUCUGGAAUGAUUCAAGGAAAGGCGCCCACUUCUCCUAAAAGUAGCGUGAAUUCGCCCUCCUCGGAGCAAAACGUUGAACAACAGCAGUACGUUCUUGCGAGCAGCAGCACGACCGUGGUCGAGAAAACAGGUCAACAGAGCGAUCAACACAGUCCUUUGAUGGCAAGACACUCGGUGUCCACCCAGACAGCUGGGAAUCAAGCGAAUAUGGCUCAGUCGGCUAUGAUGAGGCAAGGAUCACCGCCUGACACUACCACCCACAGCCCGGGAAAUAGCCAAAGGUCGAACAGUCCCGCUGUGGACACUACGACGCACGGAGCGGCCUCACCUGCACCACCGAUCACAGCUAGACAUCAUUCGUCGUCCACGCCGAUGGUUCAUUGCGUGUCGAGUAGCGAACCGGACUCGGGCGACGUUCCAGUGGCGUCUGAAGAUUGGAGGAUUCAGGGUAUCACGACGAAAGAGAUCACGCUUAGUCAACCGGGUCUCCAUGGAAAAACGUACGUGGAGUCGACGGUUACUACUGGGAUCCAGGUUGGUACCCAAGUAGAUCAGGUCAACCGUCAUCUAACUCUAACAGACAUGCACCAGCCGGCCGAUACGACACAUGAUGAAAACACAUACGCUGACUCACAGGAGCAUAUGGACACAUCAUCACCAAAUCAUUCCAUAUAUUCAGACACAAUGGACCAAUCCCCCUCCGAAGAUCAGCUAGCAAGCGCCACUAAAGAUAAUAUGGCCGACUUCUCUUAUAGAGAGGUGGAAGUAAAUACAUUGCCGGUCGUAGGUCACGGUCAUUAUCAGCCGAUCCUCUAUCACAAUCAGCAAUAUGUUCCCAAUACGAACGUUUAUCGACAGCAAACUUUAGUGCCAGACCAUGCGCAUUGCUCUUCCAUGUUGUCUCAAAAGUUCGUGACGAAAUCUUGCGCCGUGCCCGAACAGAACGAUCCGCAACAAAAUUCGCAACGCGUUGCGGGCCAACACGACGAUAUCCAUCAAAAUUCCACGGAUAAGCAUUUGGAGGGUCAAAGCCUCGGUAUACCUUAUUGCCCGGACAAUUGCGAGAGUUAUCAGAAAUUUGUAAAUAUCGGUAUCGCCGCGCCCUCAGGACUUUAUCCUCAUUUGUACAAUUAUAGGUCUGAUCCUAAUAGCAUUGCUGUCGUGAACUACUCGCCCAAUAAGCAGGCCUAUAUCAAUCCAUACAUUUACAAUCAAUUCGUGUAUGCGCAAGAGGGUGACGAUGGUGAGGACACUGACUCAUCGUCCGAGGAUUGAGCACAUCUUUCUUUCGUACGAGUCGAUUCGAUUAGUUUUGUACAUUUUAAAUUAACUAUACUUACAUUUUCUGUGGCAUUCCCUUUUUCGCAAAGGGCACGAUUACGCGUUUCUGAUCGAUAUCUAUUAAGUUUGUAAUUAGUUUGUAUUUAAAAAACGUUAUUGAGUUUUUUUUUUUUACGCGCAGAAUAAUAAUACCUUCCCGUGGGCCGAGCUCUCGAUGCCCUCUCAGCUCGGUUUUCUUUGGAAUUAUUAUUUAAAAAAGAAAAAAGAAAACGUAAAUUGCAAUAAUGUAACUUGUAUGAACAAACGUGUGUUAACGAAUUUUUAAGAAAAACAUUGAAAAAAAAGAAAAAAAGAAAAAAAUUAAACACGAUUCUUUAUAAUGGCAAAUAGAGAGAAAAAAUAAAUUUUUGC